AAAUAUCAAAAGAAACGCUAUAAUCAAAUAAAAAAAACUUCAAAGUAAUAAUAUUCAGUUAUUGGUAAAACUGUAUUAGUAUAAAAUUGUUAGUCUUGUAAUUUGGAGGUAUAUGGUACGUAGUAGUAACUUGUAAGAUUUGGUUUUCUUGUAUAUUGCUUCCUCAAAAUAUGAAGCUAUUUUAUAUGAACAAUAUUAGUGUUUUAUUAAUCGCUAGUAAAGAAACUAAGAAAGAAAUGUGGGGUGUUGCAUUGAGUGUUGUUAUAGCUUUACUGGUCAUCAAGAUCAGUGUCUGGCUCUACAGAUGGGCUAACCCUUACUGCUCCGGCAAGCUACCCCCGGGUUCAAUGGGGUUUCCGGUGAUAGGAGAAACCGUUGAGUUCUUCAAACCUUACAGUUUCAACGAAGUCCCUCCAUUUGUCCAGAAAAGAAUGUCAAAGUACGGUGGUGGCUCGUUGUUCCGGACAAAUAUUCUCGGCUCUAAAACGAUUGUUUCUACAGACCCGGAAGUGAAUUUUGAGAUUCUCAAACAAGACAACAUGUGUUUCGUCAUGAGUUAUCCAGAAGCUCUUGUUAGAAUCUUUGGGAAAGAUAACUUGUUCUUCAAGCAAGGCAAGGACUUCCACAGGUACAUGAGACAGAUUGCUCUGCAGCUUCUUGGUCCUGAGUGUUUGAAGCAAAGAUUUAUACAAAAAUUAGACCAAGCAACACGCGAGCAUCUCAAAGCUGUCUCCUUCCAAGGCGUCUUAGACGUCAAAGAUACUGUUGGAAGAUUGAUAUUGGAACAAAUGGUCCAGAUGAUCAUAAGUGACAUCAAACUUGAGACUAAGAGCAAACUUAUUGAAAACUUUCGAGAUUUCAGCUUUGAUUUGGUUAGGUCCCCUUUUGAUCUUUCUUUUUGGAACGCUCUUUACAAUGGUGUUAUGGCACGCAGAAAUGUGAUGAAGAUGAUAAAAAGAAUGUUCAAAGAGAGAAGAGAAGAAGCAACAUCGAAUGAUUUAAAAUAUGGAGACUUCAUGGAGACAAUGAUAAAUGAAGUGGAGAAAGAGGACGAUACGGUGAACGAAGAAAGAUCUGUAGAGCUAAUAUUAAGUUUACUGCUUGCGUCUUAUGAAACUACUUCUACUAUGACUGCAAUAACUGUGAAAUUCAUAGCUGAAAACCCCAAGGUGCUUAUGGAGUUAAAGAGAGAGCAUGAGACCAUCCUCCAAAACAGAAUUGAUAAAGAGUCUGGAGUUACUUGGAAAGAAUACAGAUCCAUGAUGAUUUUUACGCAUAUGGUUAUCAAUGAGUCUCUUCGUUUAGGAAGUUUGUCACCUGCUAUGUUCAGAAAGGCGGUGAGUGAUGUGGAGAUCAAAGGGUAUACAAUUCCAGCAGGAUGGAUUUUACUGGUUAUUCCAUCUCUUCUUCAUUAUGACCCUCAAAUCUAUGAACAACCAUGCGAGUUUAAUCCAUGGAGAUGGGAGGGGAAAGAAUUGCUUUCUGGCUCUAAAACGUUCAUGGCCUUUGGAGGUGGUUCAAGACUCUGUGCAGGAGCAGAGUUUGCUAGGCUUCAGAUGGCUAUAUAUCUUCACCACCUAGUCACAACGUAUGACUUCUCUUUGAUCGAGAAAUCUGAUAUCAUUCGAGCACCCUUACUUCGAUUUUCCAAGCCGAUACGUAUAAGUAUCUCCAAAAAUCCCUAAAAUUCUGUCUCAUUACUGUUCAACUCUCUUUUUUUAGUGUUGUGUUACUUGUGGAUACAUAUCUCACUAUUGGUAAAACAACUGAUGUAAGAAGAAACUAAUCUUCUCUCAGUUAGAAAAAUUACAACAGUAAUGUUCAUCCUCCUCUGCCUC